AUUCAUGAACAGUACAACUCAAAUGUUUUAAGCAGAUAUUCCUCCAUUCAUCUCCCACAAGAAGAGAUCAAAUAUGGAGUUUUCUGAGAAGAGCAAGAUGAAAUUACUAGGAUGGAUGCAACUCUCUUUCUUGAAUUCUUCUCUCCUUUCUUAUGGAGUUGUAGGUUGGAUGCAUCAGAAGUUUAGCCAAAAUAACAUUGAACCAUUGAAGGACUUCACUAUUGGGCAGGUUUCACAAGAUGACCAUCAAUUCUACCCAAAGCUCAGCAAACCAUUCAGGCAACCUCAGAGAGACAGCCAUCGAAGAUCUUUUACUGGUAUAGAAGCAGCACAAGUAGAAGGAAACCAUGAAGAAGAACCAUCAGGAGCAAUAUCUGAGCUAUUCCCUGGCUUUCUUGCCGUUGGCACUCUUGGUUCAGAUCCUAACAUCACUGACCCAUCAACACCAACCUUUACCAUAUCUGCUGAGAAUAUAACUGAAAAAGAAACAGAAAUAUCAGAGAACGAGUUUAAGCUUGUCAAUGAUUCAUCUAGGAGAGACUGCCAUGUUAGCGCUGGAAGAAGCAGCCAUUGCAGCACACUUACACCUAGCGAAAAGCCACUUGAAGGUCCAGGCACCAAUGUGAAUGGAACUACAGUCUUCCCACUCCAGGGAUAUCAUUUUGGGUCAAUAAUUGAAUGGUCAGAAAAAACUACUGAGGAAAAAAAGGAACACAGGACAACAUUGGGAGAGCUAUUUCAUAAGACUAAAACAGUAGAAGAGAAUUAUGGAGGAAAAUAUCAGAGAGAGGGCAAGAGAAUUGAGAAGGAAGCUGAUAAAUCUGCAGUUCAUGUCAUGAAGAAGAUGUUGAAGAAAAAAAUGCUCCAUGCUACUAAGAGCUCUACUGCAGCUGAUGAUGGAAACGCUCAUUCUGUUUCAGCAGAAACAAAUCUGCGCAAGAAGUGCAAUUUGUACCAUGGACACAACAAUGGAAGUCAUGAGCUUGCAGAUGAGGACAUAAUGGUAUUUCCUCAGAGAGCCUUUUCAAAAGACAGCAUACGGUGCUACAAGAGCCAAUCUAAACCAACUCAGACCAUGAUUAGCUGCAAUGAUUCAAGUGGGAACAGAGAGUAUUGGAUUAAAACAGAUGCAGAUUACCUGGUGUUGGAGCUGUAAAACACAGAAUCAGCUUUCAAGUGUGGGUUUCGUCUUUUGAUUACCGUCCAUGAUGACUGCAAAAUUAUGAUUUUGUCAUGUUUGUAAGAAAUCUCUUAUUAGUGAUGGUGCUACUAGUGUGAGUGUGGCUAUGUUAUAUAGACCUUGAAUAAAUAAAGAGGCUGCUA